UCUCUGCUUAACAACAGUAACGUCACGGGGUCCCAUCCAGGAGAGUUGGGUUGGAAGUUAGAAAGUUUUGCAGCCUCCAGAGGGCUGUAGCCGCAGUAGCAGCGAGCAGCAUCUAAGGACUCCUGCAAGCGGAAGAGCCAGCGGCUGACUCGGUCCUUUCAGCGAAGCUGCCUGCGGGAGAAGGAGAAGAAGGCGGCGGCAGCAGCAGACAUGGAACAUCAGCUGCUCUGCUGUGAAGUGGAAACCAUCCGGAGAGCAUAUCUGGACGCCAACCUUCUCAAUGACAGGGUCUUGCAGACUAUGCUGAAAGCGGAGGAGACCUGCUCGCCCUCGGUCUCCUACUUCAAGUGCGUGCAGAAGGAGAUCUUACCAUAUAUGAGGAAAAUAGUGGCCACUUGGAUGUUGGAGGUUUGUGAGGAACAGAAAUGUGAAGAGGAGGUUUUUCCUUUGGCUAUGAAUUAUUUGGACCGAUACCUCUCCUUUGAACCCCUCAAGAAGAGCCGUUUGCAACUUCUGGGAGCUACCUGUAUGUUUGUGGCUUCAAAAAUGAAGGAGACUAUUCCUCUAACUGCAGAAAAAUUGUGCAUUUACACUGACAACUCCAUUAGACCCAACGAAUUACUGCAAAUGGAACUGCUUCUGGUGAAUAAGCUGAAAUGGAAUCUGGCAGCAAUGACCCCUCAUGAUUUUAUUGAACAUUUUCUAGCUAAAAUGCCUGUGGCAGAAGACAGCAAGCAGAUCAUCCGUAAACACGCCCAGACUUUUGUGGCUCUAUGUGCUACAGAUGUUAAGUUUAUUUCAAACCCACCUUCCAUGAUCGCUGCUGGUAGCGUGGUAGCAGCUGUGCAAGGCCUUCACCUUGGAAACACCAACACUUUCCUGUCAUACCAAUGUCUCACACAUUUCCUAUCAAAAGUUAUCAAAUGUGAUCCGGAUUGUUUACGAGCCUGCCAGGAACAGAUUGAAUCCCUCCUUGAAUCUAGUCUGCGCCAGGCACAGCAACACAACGUAUCUUCAGAAACAAAGACUGUUGAAGAUGAAGCAGACCUCUCCUGCACACCCACUGAUGUUAGAGAUGUGAAUAUUUAAGAGGACUUCAGCAAUCGGGGUUUGCUUUGCAGCAUCAGCAAAUAAAGAAAGGGCAUCUGAGAUGGAAUCAGGAUCUUGUCCCCCAGAAAUCCUUUUCUCCAGGACUUUUUAUACCAGAAGGGAAAAUGUCAUUCAUUAUUUUCUUCGUUAUUCCUUCCUUCCUUUGUGACUUUUAACAGACAACCCCGGCUCCCCACCCCCAACUGUCUUAAAAAGAAAACAUAGUAUUUGCAUGAUCUCCAGGGGUUUUCGCUACAAAAUAGAGGAUUUUAUACAAUAAUCAACUAGUUUUUUAUAUUAAGUGUUUUUGUCUCUAUGUUGUAAAAAUAGGCAUUAACACGCGUGUGCACACACAUAAUGUCUCCAGGGGAGGUAUUAGAAUUGAUUGUUCGAUAUUAAAAAAAGCCAACCAUUUUUAAAGUAGAAGAGGUUUUUUUUUUAAGGUAGAUUACUUACGUUUUGGGGUUUUUUUCCUUUAAAAAGCAUAGCUUUAAUGCAGUUCUAGGCUUUUCUGUAUCUUGCUUGCUUAUGCAUUUAGUCACUUUAUAAUUCAUCUGUAAAUGUUAUUUUAUUCCCUUAGGUUUUAUCCUCUUCACCUUAUAAAUGGUUAAUGUAACCUUUACGUUAGUAUAUGUUAGCAUACAGCAUGAUUAUAUGUUAAUCUUCAGUGCCUGUGGAUUACCUGUGCAUAAGGCUUCUAGGGUUCCAGCUCACCAUAGCCAGGGACAAACCAGACAUCCUGCUCUAGUCAUAAAUAAAGAGAAAUCACAAUAGUGAUGUAAUAUAUUUUUGUAAACUUCCUAUUUUUGUAGUUACCUGUGUAAAAAAAUGCUGGUUUUUACCCAAAAGCUUUGCAGCCUAAUUAUGUCCAGGUUGAAUCCACAGUUUAUCCUUUUAUUAUUGUUUUAAAACCAUUCCAUUUCAAAGCACUUUCAGUUCAUUAGGUAUAGGAAAUACUUUUGUUUUAUUGUGUGGGAUUUUUUUUCAAAUGGAAUGGUUUGGAAAUUAUAUAUAUAAAUAUAAAUAAAUAUAUAUAUAUAUAUAUAAAGUGCUUGUGUGCAAACACGGAAUUGCAAAGCAAGUGCAUUUAACUAUGGUGUUGAGGAAAGGUGGGUUUUUUUCUGAAGGUUGUGUUCCAGUGAGAGAAAUUACAGUCACAAAAUUGCCAGGAUAUCUUCCUAACCUUUUCAAUAGAAAAGAUAUUUAGAAAUCUUUUGGUGCCAACUCAUUUUUAUAAAUAUAAAUUUAGGGGCCUGAAAGGUUUACCUAUAGGACAUAUAUUUUGAGAAUUGUCUCUAGAUGUUGUACAAGUGAAGGCUUUUAAACACUAAAAUAUAUAAUUUAUAGUUAAGGCUAAAAAGAAUAUUUAUUGCAGAGGAUGUUCAGAAGGCCAGUAUAAUUUGUACAAUAAAUCACCCCCUGAUUCUUAAAAAAAUCUUUCUGCCCUUGAUGUUGCAAUUUUAACACAUCUUACUCAAAAUAAGGACAUUUCAAGAUAAUUUGAAAUAUGGCCCAGAUACUUCCAAAAUAAUGCUAACCAUGAGAAAGCGCCAUAGUUAAAAGUGUAGAAUUGGUGUACUUGAAAAAAAAAAGUUCUUAAUCCAGUGUAUUCCCCCCCCCCUUUUUUUUUUUUUAAAUUUAGCUUCAAAUAGAAAAUUUGCACAUCUUGGCUAUGUAUCUUUUUUAUUAUUAUUGUAGAAAGUAGCUGAAGGGACGUGGACAUAGCUGUUGAAGUUGAUGCUUGAGGAGAAUGUGAUGGCAAAAUGUAUGUGAGAAACUGCCGCUAAGGUGUUGAUUGUAAACAAAAAAUGUUUUUAAAAGGAAAAAAAAGGAGCGGAUGCUCCCCUUUUUAUGAGCUGCUAUGGAUAAAUUCCCAGCAUGAAUUGAAAAAAAUUAACAUUGCUUUUCUGUAUCUUUGUCAUUGUGUUUUGCUGCUAUUUUGUGGUCAUUUUUUUUGUUUAUACAAUGUCAUAUACUGCCAUGUUAUAGGUUUUAAAUUUUCUCAUAGAAAAUUAUAUUAUUGACAUCAUUUUUGGGUAGAUUUUUUAUGUGAUCAGUUUUACUUAAUGUGAUUACUGCUCUAUUCCAAAAAAGGUUCCUGUUUCACAAUACCUCAUUCUUCAGUUAACCGUGAUUAGAUCAGGUUUUAAUGUUCGUUCACAACACCUCAUAGUUCUACUGCAAGCUGAAAUGCAUUGGACAUUAUUCUGAAUGGGUCUCGCGAUUUGCAACUAGUUUGUAUUGAUGUUAAGAUGGCAAACAUUUCAGAAGAUUGAAUAAUGUCAGGUUCUUUUGUUACGUGUUUUUAUAAAGUGGAUUCUUUUUUCUGAUCUGGGGUUUAUUAUCAUAGUAGUUUUAAGCUGUGUUAUUAGCCACAUUUGAUAUAUGAAAGGUGCAUUAUAAUAUAACUCUUAUAUGCCCUUUGAUGUUUUCCAUCAGUUGGGAAUCAUCAUGUGGUAUGAUAGGUUAUCUUCUGGAAUUUAAGUAUUUUGUGUGUUUAAUCUGUUAUGAUAUAUUAGGGUUUUUGUUGUUGUUAAUUAUAGCAUAAUGCUAAUUUAAAACAAACCUGUAAAUCUCAUAAGUAAGCCAGCUAACAGAGUUGUAUGGUGAAGAAUAAUCUAGUUGCCUGUAUGCUGCUAAACCAAAACAGAAUUAGAACUUCUUUUUGAGGGCAAAUGCAGUUAAGAUCCUACCUAAGCUUAUUCAAAUAGAAAACAGCCUUUGUAAUGCUACUAGCAGUCGCAGGACCCAGGAGGACUUGGAUUCAUUUUGUCCAAAUUUCAGGAACAUUUCUUACUGCUUACCUCAUAGACAUUUCUGUUUGUGGCAUCUCUGUGUCUCUGAACCAAACAAGAUUAAGAUAGUGGUUGUUGGUUAUAUUAUGUGUUUCACUGAGAAGUGGCGGCGUGUACUGCAAAAUUUCUUUAAAGUAUUGUAUGUACUAAAAGGCCAAAUGCUGAUAAGCGGGUUCACGUGCCAACAGAGAUGCUUUAUUUCUCACAUUGUUAUAACGAUAGAAAGCAAAGCAAUUCAGAUUUGUAUUUUUUUUAUAUUAUUGGCAUCACUGGUCUGAAAUGCACAUUUUCACCAACAGACCUGUAACAGAUAAGUUUCCAGCAAAAAGAAAAAGGAAAAAAGAAAUUCCCCUAAAGUCUAGAAAUAAAUUUGUAAAACCCAA